AUGUUGUCAAGGUCAUUUUUCGCAAUGGAUAUUUAUGCAAAGCUUGUAUUCUCAAUCUUGGAGGGAUCAAGAAAACCUUUUCUUCUCUCCAAGACUCUAGUAGUUACUGUCAUAUUUAUUGUAAAAGAUGCAGAGGAGAAGAAGAUGUUGACUGGAUUUUCCAAUGCAUUUCAUGCUCUCCAGCCCCUCAAAGCUCCUGGAUUCAAUUUUUCUUGGCUUGAGUUGGAUAGUCACGGGAUCUUCAUGCCAAAAAUGUUGAUUGGUAAUUUUCAAAAGACUACAACAAAUGCAACAACACCAGCAGAUGUAAUCGCAACAGCAACAACUUCCACAACUAUAACAACAGCAGCUUUCCUAGCUUCAACACCAGAUUCCACAAAUCUAGCAGCAUCACCAGCCUUUGUCUCUCAAACAACAGACAGAAAAAUAUCAAAAAAAGAGUUCAUGAUAAAAAUCAGUGGAGAGGAAAAGAGUGUUAUCAGGAAGCUCAUUAUCAUCUCAGAAAAUGUUCAAAUACUUACUUCUUUGAAGCCUCAUCGGAAGGACUCCGACUCGGUAAAAUUUUACUUUUUCCUUUGA